AUGGAAAGUUCGAGUGAUGAGCUAGACUCUUCAAGAACGGAGCCAUGUCCUCCCACGUAUCCCUCAUCGGCAAAUAUUUCCUUUAGAUUUGGUACUCGAACCAUUCAAGCCAACGGAACCACAUUCGAUCACUAUCAUCCCAAUGUUCUACGUCUGAGGAUCCAUCAUUCUUCUUUUGAUCGAUUUAUCAAGUCGUUAUUCUCCUUCAUCUCAAGUGCAAUUGGUACCUGGAUCCAGGGCAGAUUCCCAGAAUGGUUCCUCCCCGAAAAGAUUGUCCUGAAAAUUGAAAAGGAUAAUUGGGAGGACGAAUUCAAUCAGGAAGUCGUGGCAUACGACAAACUACGGUCUAUACAAGGUAUUGUAAUACCCAAGUUUUACGGCAUGGUCAACUACAACGACAGGCGAGCCUUGGUUCUUUCGGAUCUGGGGGGACACCCCCUCGCAACACCAGAGGGUGCAGUAUUGAACAAAACCGAUCUUGAACCUCUAUUGUACCAGGCUUUGACAUCUCUUACUGAAUUGGGUGGUUAUCACGAUGACACUAAACUCGACAACUUUCUUCUCGUGACUGGAGAAAAGGAUAAAAUCAUGAUAGUGGACUUGGAGUCGGCAGGUUUUGAGCUGUCUGAAGAGAGACUUGCCUUUAUAGCAAGAAGCAGAAUUGCUUGGCUGAUUCAGCAAUAUGAAGACCAUUUGGAAUGUAUGGAAUAUGAUGGCGUGCUCCUACCACAGCGGCCUGUUAGAGCGUAA